GUUGAUACAUUAAAGCAGCAGUAUCGAUUUGUUCCUGCUAAGUACAAGGUUUCCCUUUUUUCAUAACUUGUGCAGAAGUUCGUCAUAACUUUUUUUUUUUGGAUAGAAACAAACUUUCAUUCAUUAAAGGAAGUGUGAAUUUCGUCAUAACUUCACACCUCCGUUUAAGGUUAACAUUAUGCAGACUACCAAAAUUGCAUAUCAUUUAUGUGAGUGGACUGAAUUGCAUAAUGGAUACAUUAAUGGGUCAUGUUUUUGGAAAUUUAUGGGUAAAAAGUUUCAGUAAUUGCAUUGGUCUGUAUGGGUUGUAUAUUUCAAAUCAGUUAAAGAAAGUCAGCUGGAUAAUGAACCAAUGAUGAAAUUAUAAAUAUAAGGUAAAUUUGAGAUGUAGUUGUAAAAUAUUAUGGAAGGGGCUGUGGUUAUCGUUCAAUAAUUAGGUACAAUUAUUGCUACAAGACAUGAAAUGUCACAAAGUCUUACUUCUUGUUCACAGAAAUUGCAGUUCCUCAAUUAAUUAACAUGAAAAUAGAGGGAAUAAUAGAAACAUUUCUUUCAUUCUUCUUAGCAAAAUGUUGGCAUGUUAUUCAUGCUAUAUUACAGCAUGGGCUGGUGGCUUCCCCAUUUUGUCAUUAUAAUGUGAUUAUAACGGUUAUGUACUGAUUUGCACUGUUUCCAUGUUUGUAUGUUUUUGGGUUGGAAGAAUCUGCCUUUGCUUGGAUAAUGUACUACUUAAUUUUAUUUAUUAAUUAUAUUUUGUUCUCAAAAAGAAUAAAAAAGACCCUAAUGUCUACCAGGAAGUUCAAACGUUGCUAAGGUAAUUGGAGCAGUAUGAUUUUCCUUACUGCUAUGUUGAACUGCUGGUUGAACAAUAUUUAAUUAAUGAACUUUUUGAAAAAGAAGUUAUGUAUUUGCAUGGGGUGAUGAGGACCCUGUUUAAGGUUAAUUCGUACAUAUGCUAGUGGUCUUUCUUCAAGCUCCCCUUUCUUUCUUUUUCCACUUUAACAUGCAGUUAUAAUGGAAACAAAAAAAAAAAAAAAAGAGGAAAAAAGCAAGUAGAAUUUGGAUAGUGGAAUGGUUAAGGGAAGAGAGCUUAAAAUUUGCUUGGCAUAGUGCUACACGUAGGGUUAACAGUGGCUUUGGCCUAGUUGUAAAGGUGGGGCUUCUAAGGAGUGGGCUCUAGGAUUCAAAACUCCUUUAAUGGGGUGGGGUAACAGGAUUAAUUCUCAUCACUAACAAUCAAGGAGGAGGAGAGAGAGUGCCCUGCCCAUCACAGAUGUAAGGUAAGCAUUGUAACAUGAACUCUAAAGUGCCAACAAUAUCUGAAAAGUGCCUCAGUUGUGGCAUGUGGCUGGAGGUGUAAUGCCUUUGUGCCAGCAACAUUAUUAGGAUGCUUGAGUUUUCAUGCCUUCCAAAUUUACCGGAUAAGCCAUAUUUUGUUUUUUGUCCAAAUAGUUAAGAUGAUAACGUGCUAAUAUAUUCCUUGGAUCCCACAUGUGAACAAUAAAUGCAAUCUGCCACUGGUUACAGGAUUGCUAUCUUGUUUAUAUUUUGACGGAGAUGUCUGGAAGUACAUCAAUGGUUUUUACUCGUACGUGCGAUUCAACUCGCCUUCUGGCUCUGAUUCUUAGAAACCUUGGUUUAAGAGCCAUCCCAAUUAGUGGUCAAAUGAGCCAGGCAAAAAGACUUGGAGCCUUAAACAAGUUCAAGGCUGGAGAAUGUAAUAUUCUUAUCUGCACUGACGUUGCAAGUAGAGGACUUGAUAUUCCAUCUGUUGAUAUGGUUAUCAAUUAUGAUAUCCCUGCAAACUCGAAGGAUUAUAUACAUAGAGUGGGCAGAACUGCUCGCGCGGGGCGAUCUGGGGUUGCAAUCUCGUUAGUGAAUCAGUAUGAGUUGGAGUGGUAUAUACAAAUAGAGAAGCUUAUAGGGAAAAAGUUACCUGAGUUUCCAGCCCAAGAAGAAGAAGUAAUGCUACUGUGGGAGCGCGCCACCGAAGCAAAAAGGAUAUCCCAGAUGGAAUACGUAUAUAUAACAGUAGAAGUAGAACAAUUGUUAGAGCUGGCGAAAAUUGUUACGAGAAGCCAUUACCUGGAGAUUGCUGCUGUUACAAAUUUUGGUUCUUAG